AUGGCAACUCAGUCUCACCAUCGAAUUCUCCAGUGCGCGUUAUUACUUGUGAUUAUCAGUUGUUCUUUUGGUGUCAAUGUCUCAGCCGCCACCAAUUUCUCUAUCGCAGAAGCAACAGUGGCAGAGCUGCAGGCGGCCUUCAAGCAGAACAUUCUGACCUCAAGACAACUCGUUGAGUUCUAUCUCUCUCAGGUUCUUAAAAUUAACUCACGGAUUCGGGGCAUAAUUGAGGUGAACCCGGAUGUGCUCACCUUGGCUGACCAGGCCGACCAGGAACGAUGGGCCGGGUCUCCCAACUCCACGUCUGGGUUGCAUGGCAUUCCAAUACUGCUCAAGGACAACAUGGGUACCAAAGACAAGCUCAACACCACCGCCGGUUCCUUUGCACUGCUAGGUUCCGUCGUCCCUCGUGACUCCGGUGUGGCGGCGAAGCUGAGAGCCACUGGCGCCAUCAUAUUUGGAAAGGCCGGACUUAGCGAAUGGGCCCAUUACCGAGGUGGACCACCGUCAGGUUGGAGUGGUAGAGGUGGCCAGGCACUGAAUCCAUAUGUAAUGUCGGCCGACCCACGUGGGUCAAGCACCGGAUCAGCAAUAUCAGUGGCAUCAAACAUGGUAGCAGUGGCACUUGGGACAGAGACCGACGGUUCAAUCAUCGGUCCGUCCUAUGCUAACUCGGUGGUUGGAAUCAAACCCACUCUCGCACUCACUAGCCGAGCCGGAGUCGUUCCCAUCACUGCCAGGCAGGACACAGUCGGACCAAUUUGCCGCACAGUGUCAGAUGCAGCAUAUGUACUAGAUGCAAUUGCAGGCUAUGACCCUUACGACACCGCAACUUCAACUGCAUCAGAAUUCAUUCCUCCAGGUGGAUACGUGCAAUUCUUGAAUGCAAGUGGACUUAAAGGGAAGAGAUUAGGAAUUGUGAGAAAUCCAUUCUUCAACUUCCCCAAUGGUUCCUACAUGGCUCAAGCUUUCCAGAAACAUUUCCAAACCCUAAGCCAAAAUGGUGCAACUGUAGUAGACAAUUUGGUAAUAGCCAACAUUAGUAUGAUUCUGAAUUCCAGUCUAAGUGGUGAAGCAAUUGCAACAUCAACCGAGUUCAAGGUCACUUUGAAUACUUACUUGUCAGAGUUAGUUUCUUCACCGAUCAGAACACUAGCAGAUGCAAUAGCCUUCAACUUGAACUACUCUACUUUGGAAAUGAUUCCACAAUACGGGCAAUCCCUAUUUUUAGCAGCAGAGAACACUACAGGUACAAGCAAUCCUGUAUAUCAAGCAGCACUAGCAAAUAUGAAGAGCUUGACAGAAAAUGGGUUUGUGAAGCUAAUGACAGAUUAUAAUUUGGAUGCAAUGAUUACUAUGAACGAUACUGUUACUCCUCUGCUAGCAAUCGGUGGAUUCCCAGCAAUUAGUGUUCCAGCAGGGUAUGCACCAAAUGGAGCACCAUUUGGAAUCUGUUUUAAUGGAUUGCAAGGUUAUGAGCCAAGGUUGAUUGAGAUUGCUUAUGCUUUUGAGCAAGCUACUAAGAUCAGGAAGCCUCCUUCAUUCUUAGUAUGA